GAUGGUGACCGUGGUGGUGGUGCGACGGCGGUAACCCUCCGGUCACCGCACCUCUCUUUUCUCUCUCCCUUUUUCACUCUUCCAGUUCAUAUGAAGUGAAACCAUAAAGAGGAGUAAGUUGUAAAUCUGGAGACACGCGUCUCUAGAAGGAAUGGCCGCCCAAAUAGAUGAAUAGUAACAAACCAUGAACACAAACACUACGCAUUUCCAUAGUGUUAUUAAUAGAUAUUAAUAUUAAUGAUGAAUGAUUGAUUAACUUUGUGAUUAUUACUAGCCCAACUUUCUUGAUCACUUCACUUUUUCCAAGUUCACAACAAUGUUUGUUCUAUAUGUUCUUCAAUUUUAGUCUAGAUGGAUACGGAAAACCCCGACUAACAAAUUGUCAACCCACCGUAUCGCGCGGACACCCUACUAGUAAAAACAUUAAUCACAAGUUAAACCAUUCAUAAUUCAUUCAAACAUUGUUUAUAUAAAUUUUUAUAUACAGUUCUAAAAGUAAGUAUUGUGGUAUUGGAGUGCAAUUUGUGAAUAUAAAGUUGUUAAAGUUAUGUACUAUUACGUUUAAUUAACAACAAAAGUUUUGUCUAAGCAAAUACUUAUUAGCCUCUUUUAAAUGAUACCCUGCACCAUCCAAUAUUGUUUGUUAUGAUAUCUGAAUUAGAGAUUACAUUAUAUACAUAUGCGCACUCGCGUAUACAUUUGAAGCUUCAUUUUAUUAGUGUAAUUUUAUGUUUUGUUAGGCAAUUUAUAUGGUUUCGGUUGUUAGGGACUAUCCGAGGACGAAUGUGCAAAAGUUGAAGACUAUAGCUGUAAUUUAAAAAAUGUAGAGACCAUAAAUGAAAUCUUGAGAAACCACAUGGACUAUCCGGACAAUUUUUCUCUAUAAAAUAAAAUCUUAGAAUGGGCCAUGGUUUUCCAUACAAAUAUAUGUUUCCACGUUAAGCUUGUUCCCCAAACCCUGCGAUUACCGUUGGUUUCGUUCUCCGAUCUGCUACUAGAAUUUCAUUCAGUUUCAACUUUUCUUCACAAAGGAGGGGCGAUUUGGAGCAAUGGCUGCAUCCGACGAAGCUGACAGGAAAUUAUUUGAGGAGUGGAUGGAAAAGCGCAACAAAGUAUACAAAAGCGAGGAGGAGAAGGAGAUUAGAUUCGAGACGUUCAAAAGUAAUCUCCAGGAGGGGCGAUUUGGACCGAUGGCUGCAUCUGCGAAAUCUGACGAGGAGCGUUUUGAGGACUACAUCAAACAGUACAAGAAAGAAUACAAAACCGAAGAUGAGAAGAAGAAAAGAUUCAAGUCGUUCCAAACAAAUCUCCGUGUUAUAGAUGCUUUUGAAGCUUUUGUUGCAGAUCAACAUCCAGUAUUUCAUGCCAAGGGUUUGACCCAAUAUUCGGACUUGACUCUUGUUGAGUACUUAAGAGAGGUCCUCGGAAGGGAUGCGACCCCCCCAGAUGUUAGUUGGAGUGACAGUGACAGUGACGGUGAGAUGGUCUGGUACAGGCACGGGUAUGUGAGAGAUGCCAAGGGCGAGGGCGAGGAUGAGUACGAGGACGAGGAAGAGGACGAGGAAGAAGAAGAGGACGAGAACGAGGAAGAGGACGAGGAAGAGGACAGGGAAGAAGAAGAAGAGGACGAGAACGAGGAAGAGGACGAGGAAGAGGACAGGGAAGAAGAAGAGGACAAGGUCCUCGAGGACGAGGGCGAGGGCGUGGACUUCGGGGCCGAGGGCAAGGGCAAAGUCAAGGGAGAACUUGUGGUCGAGGUUGAUGUUUCUGUCAAACGUCAAAGGAGAGGCUAGCUGUAAGUAAUUUUACCAAUACAAGCCAACUAUAAACAAAUCUUUGUUUUUACAAACUAGAAAUUAGACAAUAUUGUUAAAACUUUGUUUUACCCUAUUUGAAAGUUAAUGUGGCAGUAUCUAUUUAGCCAAGUUAUAAACA